AUGAGCACACCGCUAAACGUAUCAGAUUGGAAGGCAAGUUUUCCCCUAGCUAACGCCGGAAUGCUCACUAAUACUUUGGAUUCUGCAGAGCCAUCGGCCUUGAAGGAUCCAGCCGCAUGGGCCAUCUUGGAGCGAUAUCUGACCAUAGAGUCAAUGACCUAUGAGGAAACGGAACGCGAAUUUGCAGCGUACCUCGGGAAACGCCACCAUCUUCUGGACUGGACGGAAGCGAGAUUGGCGUUGUUUUCAGGUGAUGACGAUGAUCAACUGUCGUUGUUUAAUCUGCUUCAGGUGAAGGCCAAGUACAUCACCGACGCCUCCAGUUCCUCCAACGCUUCAUCGUCAACUUCCACCGGAUCGAUAACUUGUCGCCGUCGUUCUCGCCGGCCGAAAAACCCGUUCAUCGAUAAUGAGGCAGAAGAAGACGAGGAGGAUGAGCAGGAGGAUGAGCAGGAGCAGGACGAUCUCGAGUUGGAGAUCCUGGCCGGCCCAUCUAGACGUACGACGGUAACGCAGUUGCCAGCACCCAAACAUAAGUUCUCGGCAGCGGUCGACAGACUUCAGGACAAAUAUACAGAUGACGUGCCCAGGUCCUCAGAGACCUACGUUCAGAACAGGAUGUACCUGUUUCACGUUUACCGAACUGUCACGCAAUUUGUGGCCGAUCACCUUGAGAAGCAAGGAUUUUCUGUCAGAGUGUCGCCUUGGUCCCCAGGGCAGCUCUACAUCGUUUCCGACAGCCCAAAGACAAUACUCCAAUCCCUUCCCCACUCCCACUCUUCAUGCGUCACGAAAUGGGAUCGUAUCAGCGAAGAGGAAUCAGAAUCAGUCCAUCGCGCCAACCUUAAACUCGCCGAUCCUUGCUGGGUACGAAUCAAACUCGGGAAAUACAAAGGCGACAUUGCCUACGUCUUUGAUCCCCACCAGACCAACAACUUCGUAACAGUCUUGAUUCCGCCCAGGGAUUUCCCGUACCCUAUGCCAAAAGGAUCAGUCUCGCUGUUCGACAGAUCUCGCAUUCCGGCAAAAUUAUCAACAGAUAUUAUUCGUCGCGGUAUCGCUGUAGGCUGGUCGUAUAAAGGGGAGGAAUACUACGGCGGACUUCUGAAGAAGAAUGUUCAUCGCUACAUGAUCGAACAAGUAGACGUUCCUCACCCUGACGAUAUUCGCCUCCAUCUCCAGUCCGGAUUCGACCUUAUCUUCGUCAAGAAAGCCGAAAUCGCAUAUUCCAUGCAGAUGUUGCGAGCCGGCGACUGCGUGCGUCUCAUCCGGGGAGAAUUCCCUUCGGAGAUCGGGACGGUCUUAGCGGUGAACCACAAGUCCGGCGGCUCUUUGACUUUAGAACUCAAGUUAGAUGGAGUUCGCAAUGAAAUUGAAGCACGCCUUCAAGACGUAGAGCGAGUUUUCUGGGUGGGCGAUGAAGUCAAGAUAGUAGCUGGCGUGUACUUGGGCGUUCAAGGCCAUAUUGUCUCCAAGACGGGAGACAUGUACGACAUAUGCCAACACACCACCAACGAAUUGGUACAAGUGUCUCAAUAUUACUUGGAUCGCCGUCCUUUGAAGUACUCGCUUCAAGGACAACAUCUUCCCCCCCAAUCCUUCGAACCUCCGCCCGAACAAGAAUCGAUUGAAAUCGGGGAUUUCGUAGAAGUUCGGGUAGGAGAGGACUUUGGAAAAUCUGGCACUGUGGAAUGGGUCAGUCCAGGCGGGGCGGUCGUAUGGUUCCGGCAUGCCAUCCCUUCGGUGACUCCUGAGGACGACUUCAAGCCUCCGCUCAUCGAAGCUCCGGCAUCUUCAGUCCACCGUACACGCCUACCCGCCACCCUCAAGUUCACGAAGGAGAAGGGCUAUGACGUCAGGCCCGGAGACUCGGUUAGCGUCGUCCGUGGGCCCGAGUAUAUGACUACAGGGGUAGUGCAGCGCGUGGACUUUGUCAAGGCUCGGUUGCUACUCUUGUCUGAGAGUGAUCAGUCACUCGUCAAUGUUCCCAUUGGCUUCGUGAUGAAGAUUCGCAACGCUAGCACCGAUACGUUCAAGACACUCAUCGGUCAAGAAGUCUACAUUAUUGGGGGUCACAAAAAGGGCUACCGAGGAACGUUAUACGACAUCAGGGACGACAAUUGCACCGUCUCCGUGCACGGUGAGCCGCGCAUGUCAGCCAAACUCUGUGACGUGGCCACCAGUUAUGCUAUGCGGUUGAACGGCGCUGUGCUCGAAUACUACGACCUGCUGUCAUUCUGUGACACCCGCAGAAGAUCGUUCUUGCCUCCCGAGCCUCGAAGCGUUACUCCUCCUCCCGAAAGAAUAGCACCCUCUGUCAGUCUUCCCGGCCCCUCGUCUUCUUCCUGGACUUCUUGGUCUGCCGACGCGGUGUUCAACCAUUCCCAAACCGACAUUCCAACCGCCGGUCCGAGCUCCCCAACUCCUAAUCCGUGGGUUGUCAAUCCCGACGACAUCCAGGAUACCAUUGACGGAGCCAUCCUGAAACUCUCAGAGAAACCUGGGCCGUCAUCCUGGUUGAAGGAGUUUGCCCCUGCGUUGUUCACGUAUCAUGCACUCUUCAAGGUCUCGAUUAGUUUCCAGGGAGGCAAAUUGAACAAGCGCCUGGUAUAUACACAGUGCCCUGACCCCUUCUGCGAUCCGAAUGGUCCUGCGCCUGAGAAUUGCAUUGCAGCUUGGUGCACUGCGAAAACUGCAGGGGGGGCGGUACAGCAUUACCACAUUCCUGCGGUAGAUCUCACCCCAGCCCCUCCCCGGAAGAAAAAUCAGGAGUGCCUUGUUCUUGAGGGCGAGUAUCGCGGGGGGAUCCACACCGUAGUAAAGUGUAACACUAAACUCCAUACUGUUGAGUUGAGCCUCAUGACUGGGUCUCACCUGACUUUCACUAUGUCUCUCGACCAGGUCUGCCUUGUCGAGGCCUUCAAAUUUAAAUAG